AACCACAUUUGAACUCAUAAUGCACCCCUGUGUUCAUUGGCAUGUCUGCCUCUGUCUCUUAAGUCCUUCCUUUCUUAAACUUACCUACCUCUUCUCCUUGCAAGCUGAUUUUUUUUUAAACUUGCAUGGGGUGAUUAUGGAUUUGCAUUGAAACCACAUAUCACACUCUGUUUCCCGCCGCUUGCUCGCACGUCCAAAGUUUAUUUGAUGAAAGUUGACUUUAUUCCUGGCUCCAGCCGACGUACGAAGCUAUUUUAUGACGUCGUGGCUAUUUCCUCUUGGUGGGAAAAGUGUCUUCUUCCUCUAUGGACCCAAAUCUCCACCACCCGGAGCAGCGAACGGACAGUGAGCAGUAACACAGGAAGGUCCAGGAAGGUGAGCCCGGUCCCAGUUCACAUCUACUCUUUGCUGGCAACCCGUGGCAGGCGCUAACACACAAAGUUUAGCGGAAACUCCGAGAAUUGUUUUCUCGUGUGUUUGUGUGUGUGCGUGCGUAAUUUUGACAGGACUUCAGACUCCGCGAUAGCUGUCAAUUUUUCCCACAGUGAAGUGAAUCUCUGCAGUCUCAACGAUGACUUCUCUGCUGUUACUUGCUCUGCUGUCCGUCUGCUGGGCUGAUUCUCAUUUUAACCUGAACUCCACAGACUCAAAAUACUUCAGAACGAUCUACAUUGCAGAUAAUGGAUCGCGACUGGGCAUAAAGAUAGAUCAACCAAAGGUUAUCUCUUACCGAGGUAGCAAUGCCACUCUCACCUGUAAGUUCUAUUACAAACCAGUUCCUGCUCGUGGAGUUCAAAGUCCUUUCAAAGUCAGGAUCAAGUGGACCAAACUCACCUCAGAUUACCUCAAGGAAAUUGACGUCUUUGUUUCAUUGGGAAAUAACUGGAAAAGUUUUGGAAAUUACCAGGGAAGAGUUUCCCUGAAUGAAGCUGAUGAGAACGAUGCCUCUAUAACAAUUACAGAUUUAACUUUGGAGGACUACGGUAAAUACAAAUGUGAAAUCAUUGAGGGACUGGAUGACGUCACUGGCACCAUAUUGCUGGAUCUCCAAGGUGUUGUAUACCCAUACUUCCCACGACUGGGUCGUUACAAUCUGAACUUCGAUGAGGCUCAGAAGGCAUGUGAGGAUCAGGACGCGAUCAUUGCCUCUUUUGAUCAACUUUACGAAGCGUGGAGAGGAGGACUGGAUUGGUGUAACGCAGGCUGGCUGAAGGAUGGGUCUGUACAAUAUCCCAUUACCAAACCAAGGGAGCCAUGUGGAGGGCAAAACACAGUGCCUGGUAUCCGAAGCUAUGGAUAUAGAGACAAAAUGAAGAACAAAUAUGAUGUCUUCUGCUUCACAUCCAACUUCAACGGCCGUUUCUACUACCUGAUUUACCAUCGGAAGCUCACCUAUGGAGAAGCCGUGCAGGCCUGCGCCCGAGAUGGUUCCCAGAUUGCGAAGGUUGGUCAGAUGUACGCUGCCUGGAAGUUGCUGGGCUACGACCGCUGCGAUGCGGGCUGGCUUGCCGAUGGUAGUGUCCGCUACCCCAUCUCCAGACCCCGCCAUCGGUGCAGUGAGAGCGAAGCAGCCGUGCGUUUCUCCGGCUUCCCGGAUAAAAAACAUCGGCUAUACGGGGUCUACUGCUUCAGAGGCAACUGAUCAUUCAUGUCAAAGCUUAGUUGGACAUGAGUAUUAUUUCAAUUCUGCACAUGUGAAGGAUGUACUUUCAACGAUAUGAACUCAUGUUACCAAAACUGUGAUACAAAAAUGUUUUUCUUACUGUACAAUGUCAUUUUCCAUGCAAGCCAGACAUUUUUUUUCUUUGUUGUAAUGUAUCAUAGUCAUUAAAUAUUAAAAAUAAUAUAAUUUUUAUAGGAAGUUGUACCAAGAUUAAGCACCAAUUUGUUUUCUGGUUAAGUAGCAUUCAACCAAAAUGAUCCUAAUCAUUGUCCUCGCCAUGCCUAAUAGUUGGAAUAUUCGGGAACUAUCGGGGCAUGCCAUGGCUAGGCAUUAAGUAAUGUAAUAUCAUUCAGUUACAAAAUGUGCAUUUCUCAGGCAAUAUUUUAGUUUUUUUCAGUGAAAUAUGCAUUCUGGAUUCGUCUUGCUUUGUAAACUUUCUGAAACAUGGUGCAUUUCUGGCACUCCAAGAAAGUUGGGCAUGUCAGUGGAAACAAAGAUGGCGCUACACUCUUUAAUUCCCACAAGAAACUAAUAAAUGUCCAAAAUUUAUCUCUCUGAUCUUCGUGCGCUUUUGCAACCCUCGGCUCUCUAGUUAUUCCAUAAUUGUUUCAUGUUGUAUUUAAUUAAUUUACUAGCUGAAUUUUUGUCCUUAAAUACAAUGCAUGGUGCACAUUCCCCUUCUCCCUAGACCGAUUAUUGAAGUUAUUGUGCAGAAUAAUGACUUGUUGGAGGAAUGCAAUACCUUCUUUGACUUCUUCAUCUCAUUCAGCUGAAGGUCACCUGUGCUCUUUCAACAGAGGUUAAGAUGCUGUUGAAGGGGCGUUAUGUGUGGGUGCGAGUGAGUCUGUUACAUCUCUAAAUGGUAAUGAAGUGCAGUUGAACAACCCUUUGCAGGUCUUGCUGUGCACAUAAUCCAACGGUUAAAUAAUUAAUCAAAUAAAGCAUACGUUCUGCCAG